GGGCGUAAGCGGAGGGGCGCGGAAGAAGAGGGGCCGGAAGCGGAAGCGGGGCCGGGCGGGCGGUGCAGCCGCCGCGGUCGGUGCCGGCGAUGCUGUCGCUGGACUUUCUGGACGAUGUGCGGCGCAUGAACAAGCGGCAGCUGUACUACCAGGUGCUGAACUUCGGCAUGAUCGUCUCGUCCGCCCUGAUGAUCUGGAAGGGGCUGAUGGUGGUGACGGGCAGCGAGAGCCCCAUCGUGGUGGUGCUGAGUGGAAGCAUGGAGCCUGCUUUUCACAGAGGAGAUCUCCUGUUCCUCACGAACCGAAUUGAAGAUCCAAUCAGAGUGGGAGAAAUCGUGGUCUUUAGGAUAGAAGGAAGGGAAAUUCCUAUAGUCCAUCGCGUCCUGAAAAUUCAUGAGAAGCAAAACGGUGACAUCAAAUUUUUGACAAAGGGAGACAAUAAUGCUGUUGAUGACAGAGGGCUGUACAAACGAGGGCAGCACUGGUUGGAGAAAAAGGACGUAGUAGGACGAGCGAGAGGAUUUGUGCCCUAUAUUGGAAUAGUGACUAUCUUAAUGAAUGAUUAUCCAAAAUUUAAGUAUGCAGUCCUCUUUUUACUGGGGUUAUUUGUGCUGGUCCAUCGAGAGUAGCCUCUUGCACUGAAGUACAAGGUGAAGGUGCCAUGGAUUUUUUAGAUGAACGUUUUACGUAGAUGAUGGUCUGAUGUGCCGGGAGGAAGAUGAAAACAUGCAUUUCAAAGCUUCUUGCCAGUUUGGGUUUGUUUUGUUUUUUACUGCGUAAGGGCGAAUGUUUGUCACAGUAUUUCCAAUGGUUUGUCACAUUUUAGCAUUUUUAGUGAGUUUUUAUAUUAAAAAUUUAAGCCAAACUGUUCAGUGUUUGUACUUUGAAGCUGAGCUUCCUCUCAAAGUGCCUACAGGACUGUGUCCUCUAAGUCUGUGCCUCUGCUGGGCAAGCGUGGCCUCUGCCUGUGCUGACUGGAUUGUCAAACAGUGAGCUGUGGAGGUGAUGUUUUUUCCAACUGAGAACUGGAAUAAAGAUUUUUGCAUCUCGCC